AUGCGGCUACAACUAUCGACGACGACAACUCUUGCAGUUCUUCUUUCGACGUUCUCCACACUCAGUUCGGCGUAUACAUGGCCUUCACCGCAAUACGAUGCUCUUGAGGCUCUCAUCUACGAGGGCAGGACGACUGCCGGUUCCAGCUUGACUGCACUCGUUCACCCUUGCAAGAAACGAGUUGGAACUUUGGCUUCUGUUCCUGCUGAAUGGCUACGAUUUGCUUUCCAUGACAUGGCUACACAUAAUGUCGACGACGGAACGGGCGGAAUGGACGGUUCCAUUGUCUACGAGCUCGGGCGAGCCGAGAACUUUGGAAGCGGCUUCAACCAAACCCUCGGCGACUUUGAGAACUUUCCCAACAAAUACCUCUCCCGCGCGGACAUCAUAGCAGCAGGCGCCGUCCACUCCGUCGCAACAUGUGGCGGGCCCAUCAUCCCCUUCCGCGGCGGCCGCAUCGACACCUUUGAGGCAGGCGGUUUCGGCACGCCCGAGCCCCACCACGACCUUGACACCCUCACCGAGAGCUUCCGCAGGCAAGGCUUCUCUACGCCAGAAAUGAUCAAGAUGGUUGCGUGUGGUCAUACGAUGGGUGGUGUGCGGAGUGAAGAGUUCCCCCAGCUCGUACCACCUGGACCGGAUCCUAGCGUCAUGGUCAUCCAGGAUUUCGAUACCACUCCGGAUUUCGAUAAUAAAGUUGUGACAGAGUACCUGGACGGAACCACUCCUAAUGUCCUCGUCAACUCUCCCAACCGAACGCUCGUGAGCGACCUCCGCGUGUUCUCUGCGGAUGGAAACAACACGAUGCGCGAGAUUGCCCCCGAAGACACCUUCCAAUCCGAAUGCCGCGACAUCCUCGAACGAAUGCUCAACGUCGUUCCCCGAGGUGUUACUCUCACCGAGGAGAUCACCAUGCUCCCAGUCAAGGUCAAAAACGCCCAACUCACUAUCGAGAAGGAGCAGCUGGUGUUCAAGUCUACUUUGCGGUUGGCCCAGCCUCUGGACGAACCUGUUAGCAAGGAGCGCGUGGUUACCAUGUUCUGGUGCGAUCGAUAUGGGAACAACAAGGACUGCGAGGACAGCGCGAGGUCAUCGGUCUUUGUCAAGAGGUUGACCGAGGAUCCCGAUAUCUCUCCCGUUACCAAGAACCUCGGGUACUCGUUCUACAGCUACGACUUUGUCGUCCCCAUCAACCCCGCCCAGUCCAUCUCCAAAUUCUGGUUCGAAGUCGACGAGAAGGACGGCAGCCGACCUACGCUCCACAACAACGAAGGCACCGACUACCCCGUCGAGCAGGACGAAAUCAUCUUUGUGCCGAUGAUGAGUUCUGUGAACGUUAUCUCGAACGGGACUGAUGGCAAGGUUGUCCAGAAUAGGAAUAAUUUGACGGGAGAGUUCUUCUAUAGGGAGUAUAACCUCGUCGUUGGUGUUAGGGAGGAUACGGAGCCUGACCGUGUCUACGUCGACGGCUUCGACUCUUCCGUCCUCGGAUUCGCAUACCUCGUCAACACCACCAUCGAUCUCACCCUCGACGAUUCUCUCAAGCCUGUUGCUGGAUACAAGUUCUACACCGGCCAGUUGGACGAUUCCGGUUUGCAAUUGUCGAUUGAUCUCAACUUGGACGUUGGAGGACAAUUUUUGGAUUCAAUGGUCGAAUUGAAGGCAAUGUCAAUCAUCAUCGCUAUCAACCGGUUCCUCCUCUUCCUCCUCCUCAUAAUCCGUCUCUUCUUCCUCCUCCUCUUCCUCCUCAUUCUCGUCCUGCGUCAUAUCCGGAUUCUGCGGCUGUGGUGCCUGGCCUUGCUGUUGCUGCUGCUGCCCCGAGCUCGCACCACUCGCCAUCUUCCUUGCCUGUGCAGCUCUCUUUGCUUCCUCCUUCUCCUCGUCGACGGGGAGGAGUUGGUCGAGAGCCAGUUCGUUCCAGCGGAAGGCGCCGUUGACGCCGCCGCCUGCGAAGCCCAUGUCUUCGAAGAGGGCGCGGGAGGUUGGGUCGAAGCCGACACGGGGGGUAGGACGGGUGGACUUGCGAGGGGAGGUCUAGCUAAGAGUUCAUUCGAGGGCGUUAGGGGGUGUUUUCGAACCAUUAUCUUCGAGUUCGCCUUUGAUGUAGUCGACAGAGUCGUAGGUGUCGAUUGUGAGGAGUUCGUUCCUCGUCAUAUGGAUGUAGCAAAACGUUAG